AUGAUUAACGAAAGCUCCUCAAACUUUAAUCGUGGAAUAAUUAUCAAUUCCAAGGGAAUUCAACUUUCGAAUUUGAUAUCUUAUAACCUUAAACCACAACAUGAAAAUAAUUCCAUAAAAAAUCUCUCUGCUGAUGAUUUAGAGCAUGUUAGCCAAAUAUUUGAUGCCGAUAAGAACGUAAAUUCUACAAUGGCCCUUCUAAGCGACGAAACUUUUACAAAUGAUAUUUUUCUAAUGAUACAAUGCACAAAAGUUAAAUUGAUUAUUAAAAAAGAAUCAAUAAAACCAUCCGAUGAAUUAAUUAAUAAAAUAGAAGAAGCUCUGAAGCACAAUGACUCUUAUCAUAAAUUAUUGGAUGUAUUUAAGCGCUAUGGUCAUUUUUUGCCAAAAAAGGUGACUCUUGGCCAUAAACUAUUUAGAAUGACUUUUUUAACAGUAGAUAAAAUUGCAGAAGAACCUGACAAUAAUAAUAAUGGCGCAAUAUGGUCGACUCUUGAUGAUUUUCCAGAGAAUAAACUUGAAGAUAUCUUUAAUCAAUGGGAAGAAUGCAUUAAUUCUUAUAAUCUUGAUUUAUCUUACCUUGUAUCAAUUAAUGGCGAAUUGAUUAUGAAAAAUAAAAUCAAAAUGUGGAUUAAAUUUUGUUUAGAGAGUGAUCUUGACUCAUUACAAGUUAUUAGCUGCAAAGAAUUAUAUCCAUUGUAUGAAAUUUUUGACUUACCUCUUCGACAAAAAGUUGAAUCAGUUUUUGCGAUUAAUAGACAAAUUAAAACCACUCUUGGAAUUGAUAACCAAGAUGAAACUAUUAAUAAGAAUAAUAUUAAAGAAAGAGUUCUUAUGGCAGGAAUAGUACCAAUUAAAGAUCCUCCCUAUUCUUAUAGUGUAAAAUUCCCUGUUUGUUUUAAGUCUAAUAAUUAUCAAAUUUUUGGAAAAUUUAUUACACAAUAUGAUGAACCCAUUGAUGAGGUAAUAAUCAAAUUCGAUUUUAUGAGCACAUAUGGAUUCUUAAUUUUCAUGGAUGAUUAUGAGCUCACAUAUGUAAAUCCAAAAAUUGCUUGGAUAUUAAUUGGAAUACCUGUUGAAAUUGGCUAUUUUAGUCUAAAUACACGAAAAAUAAAAGUAUUGGGUUCUGGUAAUGAACCAUUUGCAUUAAAGUCAAAUAAUAAUAAUAUUGUAUUGAAAGUUCCGGAAAAUUUACCAUAUGAAUCGGUUAUUGUUGUCUCAUUUAAGCAUCCACCUUCAAAUUAUGAGCCGAAUUUCAUAGCUAAAAUACAAAGUUAUCGAGAUAAUAAAAUUUUGUUUAAUAUACACUGUCCCGAUUAUGAAUCAUCUGACAGCGAAGAAAAUAAUGAAGAUUCGAAACCCUCUGAUAACGAAGAAGCGAAUAAAGAUAAGGUGCCUUCUGAUCAAGAACAUAUCCUCAGAAAUGCUCUUACAAAUAAUAAAGAUGAAAAAGAGUAUUCCAACAAUAACCUAGACGAUAUUGAAUUUGUUCAUAAAAAUGAUUUUUCAAAUAAAGAAGACAGUAUUAUUGGAGAGGGUUCUAAUAGCAAAUAUGUUGAUGUUAGUGAAAACAUUAAUAAAAGCAGCCAUGAUAAAAGUAGUGAUAAUUUGGCAAAUGAGAAAUAUGAAGAAUAUUCUGAACUCAAUGACAUAAAAGAUAGUUAUUUUAUAAAAAUGGUUGAUUUUGAGUAUAGAAACUUUAAUUACAACAAGAGAUCUCCUGAAAGAAAUCCGAAUAAUGUAUCAGAAUAUUCAGUUCAAUGGUUUAUCCUCCAAAAUUCUGUUAUAACUGAAUCAUCUGAGAUAAUGAUUUAUCUAAACAAAAUAGGCCACGAAUUUCACUUAAAAACAAAAUCAAAGGAAAAGAUAAUCGAUCAGCAAAUAGAACAAACGUCUCAAAACAUACUUUUAACAAAAACAUUAUUAGCAGAUUAUCAUGAAAGGUUGAUAAUUGAAAAGUUGGCUAGAAUUUCAGGUAUGUUUCACAAUUAUAGAGAUUUAGAGUGUGCUCAAGCGCCAAAUGCCUUAAUCAAUAGUAUUGGAAAUAUGUCGGCAAUUAAAUUUUAA